GCAGACCGGCGGUUUGGGGUUCAAGCACAGACGGUGACCACAGACUUCCAGAAGAUCUUCCCUAUGGGACAAAGACUGUAUAUUGGACUAGCCGGACUGGCCACGGACGUGCAGACGGUUGCUCAGAGACUGAAGUUCAGGCUGAACCUCUAUGAGCUGAAGGAAGGCAGGCAGAUCAAACCCCAGACUUUUAUGAGCAUGGUUUCCAAUCUCCUGUACGAGAGACGGUUUGGACCUUACUACACAGAACCAGUCAUUGCCGGGCUGGACCCCAUCACACACGAACCCUUCAUCUGCUCUCUAGACCUGAUCGGCUGCCCCAUGAUAACCGAUGACUUUGUGGUCAGCGGUACCUGCUCCGAGCAGAUGUACGGCAUGUGCGAGUCCCUCUGGGAGCCCGACAUGGAACCCGAUCACCUCUUCGAAACGAUCUCGCAGGCCAUGCUGAAUGCCGUGGACAGAGAUGCCAUCUCUGGGAUGGGCGUGGUAGUACAUGUAAUUGAAAAAGACAAGAUCACCACCAGGACCCUGAAAGCUCGUAUGGACUAG